AUGGAGACCAAUGGCCACGAGAAGAAGGAGAAGAAGGAGAAGAAGGAGAAGAAGGCCACUCAGCUGAAUGGCAGGGCCAACGUUAGCAAGGUCGUGUUGUGUCAGGUUGCUGGGGGCAUGGGGCAGGCAUCCCACAUGGCCCCUCCAGAAAAGAAGGAGAAGAAAGACAAAGUGGAGACGACGGGAACUGACGAUCCUGCAAAGAAAGAGAAGAAGGUGAAGGAGGGAAAGGAGAAGAAGGACAAGAAGGAGAAGAAAGAAAAGAAGGACAAGAAGGACAAGGAUCCCAAGGACAAGAAGGACAAGAAAGACAAGAAGGAGAAGAAGUUGGCAAAGCAACAGAAGCGGGAGGAGAAGUUGAAACGUAAGCGGCUUGCAGAGCAGCGCAUGAAGACGCAGAAGAUAGGGCGGAUAGGAUCCAAGAUGCUUGCAGCAUCGUCCAAGAAGAUCAAAAGAUCGCAGUCUGCGCCGGAACUGAAGGUCCUUAUGAAGACUGAAGACGAUUACGAGCCCGUCAACCGCUGGUGGGAAAGGGAGGACGGAGCUGAGAGUGGCAAGAAGGGUGCCAAGAAGUGGGACACCUUCGAGCACCACGGGCUUCUGUUCGCGCCAGACUACGAACCUCACCGGGUGCCCCUGAUCUACGAUGGCGAGCGCAUAGAGCUGCCACCAGAGGCCGAAGAGAUCGCCUACUACUGGACCUCGGUGAAGGGCACGCCCUACGAGACCAAGAACAUCUUCAUCAAGAAUUUCUGGAAGACGUUCAAGGAUGUCCUGCCCAAAGGCUCCAAGAUUAAGGAGUUCCACAAGUGCGACUUCUCGCUCAUGGCGGACUAUCGGGAGGCGGAGAGGCAAAAGCGCCUCAACCGGUCGAAGGAGGAGAAGGAGGCCGAGAAGGCCAAGAACGCGAAGGAGACGGAAUGGUACAGCUUUGCCAUCGUCAAUGGUGUGCGCGAGAAGUUGGGCAACUACAAGAUGGAACCGCCUCAGCUCUUCCGCGGCCGCGGCGAGCACCCGAAGCAAGGGCUGUUGAAGAAGCGCGCAUUCCCAGAGAGCGUCACGCUGAACAUCGGCGAGACAGCUUGCGUGCCCAAGGUCAUUGGAAUGCCUGGCCAUGCCUGGCGGGAUGUGGUGCACGAGAACACCGUGCAGUGGCAGCUUGGCACUGAAGAUCUCAGGCACCCCUCCUCAACUUAUCGUAUGUUUCCUGCCUCACUGGACUUCGACAUCGCUGGUCGUGUCGAAAUGCUGGAGGAGGCCAUCGAGGUCGUCAACUGCGAGGCAGCAGAGCACGUCGGAAAAGUUUUGGAAGCUUGCCGGAGCCUUCUUCAGAUGCUUGCCGCGUACUUUUCUAGGGUCUAG